GAGUGUUUUUUGGUUUUUUGCCUCUUGACCUUUUUUAUUCAUACAUUCCAAUUGGGGAAACUAGCCUUUUGGAGGGCAACACAUUUAUUCCAGAAGCCAUUCGCAAUCAUGUCGGUUGAUCCCACAAUAGUUGUUAAAGUGGAGCCAAAACAAGAAGAGGAAAUUAAUGAAACUGUGUACCAAAUGGUGUACAUUAACAACACAGUUCCACUCACAAUAAAGGAAGAAGAAAAAAAGUUCUCAAUUCCAAGAGAAUGUCCACCGUCCAAAAAGUUUAAAUGUUACCAUUGCAACUAUAGCACAAAUUCAAAGUGCAAUCUAAAACAUCAUCUCCUAACUCACGGCGCUUUUAAAAGUUUUAAAUGUGACCAGUGCGAUUAUGCCACAAACAUCAAGGGACAUCUGAAGAUGCACUUUCUGAAACACAGCGACAAGAAUUUGAAAUGUGUCCAGUGCGAUUAUGUAACCAGUAUCAAGGGGAAUUUAAAGCAGCAUCUUCUGACGCACAGCAUUUCGAAAGAUUACAAAUGUGACCGGUGCGAUUACGCAACUAGUAUAAAACGAAAUCUCAAGACGCAUCUCGUAACGCAUACCGCUUCCAAAGAUUUUAAAUGUGACCAGUGUAAUUACGCGACAAUUAGAAAAAUGUGCUUUAAACAACAUUUGUUGCGACAUAAAGCUUUGAAAGAGUUAAAAUGUGAUGUUUGCAGUUACGCUACAAAUAUCAAGGGGCUUUUAAAGCGACAUGUCUUGUCACACAGAAGUUCUAAAGAGUUUCAGUGCGAUCGGUGUGAUUAUGGAACGAGUGUAAAGGAGCACUUGCAGCUACAUUCUCUAAAACACACCGAUUCUAAGGGUUUUAAAUGUGACCGUUGUAGUUAUGUAACGUGUACCAAGGGGAAUUUAAAAACACAUCUUUUGACACACAGUACCUUCAAAGAUUUAAAAUGUGAUCAGUGCGAUUAUUCCACAAACAGAAAGGAGUGUUUCAAGCAGCACCUCUCAAGACACCUCGCCUUGAAGGAAUUCAAAUGUGAACAGUGUAGCUAUGCGACGAACGUCAAGGGCCAUUUCAAGCAACACCUCUUAACCCACCGCAAAAAUUGCGACCUCGCGGGCCUCGUCUGCGACCUCUGCGAUUAUUCCACGAAUAAAAAGGCGCUGCUAACGCAGCACACUUUAACGCAUCACACCUCCAGAAACCUCAAGUGCGAUUUGUGCGAUUACGCGACGAGCAUGAAGAAGAAUCUCAAGGUGCAUUAUCUGACGCAUAGUGCCGUUAAGGAUUUUAAAUGUGGUCAGUGCGAUUACGCGACAAGCUUGAAGGGUAAUCUCAAGACGCACCUUUUAAAGCACAGCACGUCCAAAGAUUUGAAAUGUGAUCGCUGUAGUUACGCCACCAAUAAUAAGGUGUGCUUGAAGCGGCACGUUUUGACGCGGCACACGGAGGGAGUUUGAACAUGAACUUUCAAAAAAAUUUUAUAAGUGGAUAAAGUGCAUUUAAAAAUGUAUCUAAAAUACAAGAGGUAUUGGAAAGAGAAUUGAAAAUGUAAUGUCUAUUGAAAAUUUAUUUAUUUAGAUAAAAGUGUUUGUAUAAAUAAUGUAUGUAUACUUAUGCUAAUUAGAGGAUCCCCUUCUAGUAUUUCUUACGCAUAGUCCAGCAGCGGGCAUGAGAUAAGGCAGCAACGUAUACUGCAUAGCAUCGGAACUGCGUGCGCUCCUCUCUUCACAGAAGAAACGAUUAGUCCAAUAGAGCAAUAUUACACUGAUGAUAAUACACUUCCACAUGAAUGCAUAUCCUAAAAUAAUAUAAAUGCAUAGCUAACUACCUGUACAGUAUAAGUUAUAACAAACAAACAAGCAAGCAAGCAAGCAAACAAACAAACGAAUAAGCAAACACGAGAUUCAGAUAUGGUACAUACAAAACAAAGUUUGGAGC